GUAGGUACAUUAUGCGGCCACGUGAAGUUAGGUGCCUGCCUACUUCCGUCCGAAACCCAUUUCUCCCAAUGCUUACCUAUCCAGCGGAAAGCUAAGCAUCGCGGGACGCCUACCUCACCUAUGCCACACCGAACAGAUGUCAGGCAUUCGGAAUUUACCCGACGAGCUCCAACUCGCCACGACGGCGCACGUCAAAUACAUCCAGAGCCUCGACACGAGGAAGGAUGAAUACGAAUACUGGCUUACCGAGCACCUCCGCCUGAAUGGACUCUACUGGGGGCUAGUGGCCUUGCAUCUUCUGCGACAUCCCGACGCCCUGCCUCGAGACAAGACCAUUGACUUUGUCCUUUCGUGCCAGCAGGAGAGCGGGGGGUUCGGGGCCGCACCAGGCCAUGACGCCCAUAUGCUCUACACUGUCAGCGCCGUCCAGAUCCUCGUCCUAGUUGAUGCCCUGGACGAAUUGGACAAGCGCGGCAAGGGGAGUGGCAGAGCCCAAGUGGGCAAAUUCAUGGCAGACCUUCAAAAUCGCGAAACCGGCACCUUCUGCGGCGACGAAUGGGGAGAGGAAGAUACGCGGUUCUUGUACGGCGCCCUGAAUGCGCUCUCCCUCCUCGGUCUGACGCACCUGGUCGACGUCGAGAAGGCAGUUGAGCAUAUCGCAUCCUGCAGGAACUUCGACGGCGGCUACGGUGUUAGCCCCGGCGCCGAGUCCCACUCCGGCCAGAUAUUUACUUGCUUGGCUGCCCUCUCCAUCGCCGGCCGGAAGGACCUGAUCGACGUCGACAGACUGGCUGCCUGGCUGAGUGAGAGACAGGUGCCUGGCGGCGGCCUGAAUGGCAGACCCGAAAAGAAAGAAGACGUUUGCUACAGCUGGUGGGUGCUGAGCAGCCUAGAAAUGAUCGGCCGUACGCAUUGGAUCGAUCGGGAGAAGCUCGUCCACUUCAUCCUGACCUGCCAGGAUACUGAGAACGGCGGUUUGGCAGACCGGCCCGGCAACAUGGUCGAUGUCUGGCAUACGCUGUUUGGCCUCACGGGGUUGAGCUUGCUCAAGCACCCUGAUGUGGAUGCCAUCGAUCCUGUGUAUUGUCUACCAAAAUCUACAACCGACCGCGUGUUUGGCAAGUCGGCGUGAUCAAACGACAAAUUUCUCAACAUGGAUCUGUUUCAAAACGCUAUUAAUGACUCGGUAUAUCCAUGUAUUUCGCCAUCUCUACUACCCUCGCUCCUCUGCAGAUUGCGGGAGCGACUCUUGCGACUCAAUUGUUUUCGAGGUAACUUCGUGAGCCCAGUAGCUUGGCUCAUUCUCGCU